AUGGCAUUCGCCACUCACUCUUUCGCCCGCGAGUUCACCGUCGCCGCUCACUUCUUCGCCCGCGAGAUCAUCGCCGACCGUUCCAAAUCCCUAUCUGUCGCAACUCAAUCUUUCAAACUCCUUCGCUCGCAUUUAGCAGCUCUUGUACGAAGCUGUCUCAGACAUGGAGAAUCAAGGUGGCUCCCCAACCUGGUAAGUAAAAUCCAAGAGAGAACUUUGGUAUGUGCAGUAGGCGAAAAUGCAGAUAGUCGAAGUAGAUUUGCUGAUAGAGGCACCAGGGGAAGCAAGUCCAAUAGAAGUCCUCUUGUUCAAAAUAAGACAGGUUGCGUCAUCUCCAAUUCUGUCUCCACUCACCAUGAGAUGCUCGCCAGACAGCUAAACGAUCGCGUCAAGAGACGCAGUGAAGUAUUUCGUAUUGUUGUACUCCUGGUGAAGAUCAACUCCUGGCCUCAACUGCAUCUCCCCAGCAAGAAAGUGAUGUUACUACUACACCCAAGGCACAAUUCAACUAACAACGACAACAGUACACAAGCCAAGGAGAAACUCUUGACCAAGGAAGCUUCCCAAAGGAUGUCUUAA